AAUAUAAAAAUAACAUAAAAACAUCACAAAACAAAAAUUUUUGUAAAUAAAAAUCUUAAAAAAUAUAAAAUUAUUUCAAAUUCGAUCUUAUUUUUAUUGUAAAUCUGAAAUAAACCAGAGUAAUAAACCUUCUGUUUUCCUCUUUGCAAUGCUUCACGGGGUCUUCAUAAUCUUCCUUGCUUCCUUUUAUAUGUCCUUUACGUGGCAAACUGUCUAAGAACUUUCACACCCACAGUCCCACCUUAAAUAUUAAAUCUUUUUCCAUCUUAUUUAUAACUCCUUUGUCCUAAACUUGCCAACAAUCCAAAUCAUGUCUGUCCCUUAUUUUUCUUCUACUUUUUCUUUCAUUGCCUUGUCUAUUAUCAUGGUUGUUAUACUAAGUAGUACUUCAUUUGCUUUAGCCAAACCCUCCAAACAAAGUCGUCCUCGUCCUCAUCGCCAUCUCUCGGUUGAUUACUAUGCCAAGUCAUGCCCUCAACUCGAACAGCUGGUCUCUUCUGUCACAGCCCAACAGUUCAAAGAAUCACCAAUUUCAGGUCCAGCAACCAUUAGACUCUUCUUCCAUGACUGUUUUGUCGAGGGCUGUGAUGCAUCGAUACUAAUAACAUCGAGGCCAGGAAGCAAAAUAUUGGCAGAGAAGGAUGCAGUGGAUAACAAGGACCUAAGGGAAGAAGGAUUUGAGAGUAUUAGGCUGGCCAAGGCUUUGGUGGAGACCAAGUGCCCUGGUGUUGUUUCUUGUGCCGAUAUUCUUGCAAUUGCAGCCAGAGAUUAUGUUCACUCGGCAGGAGGUCCAUAUUACCAAGUGACAAAAGGAAGGUGGGAUGGAAAAAUAUCAAUGGCAUCAAGAGUUAGCUCUAACAUUCCCCAAGCAAACCACACAGUUGAUCAGAUGCUAAAACUCUUUAACUCAAAAGGGCUUGCACUUGAAGACCUUGUUGUUCUUUCAGGUGCACAUACAAUGGGCUUCGCCCAUUGCCAGCAAUUUGUUAGCAGACUCUAUGACUACCGGGGCUCCAAGCAACCCGACCCAGCAAUCGACCCUAAACUCCUCAAGGCCCUGAGAAUGUAUUGCCCACACUUUGGUGGAAACUCAGAUAUAGUUGCACCAUUUGAUGUUACUACACCAUUUUCAUUUGAUCAUGCCUAUUAUGGGAACUUGGAGAGUAAUUUGGGUUUGUUAGCCUCUGAUCAAGCCCUAUUUUUGGACCCACGUACUAGACCUUUGGUUAAGGAUUUUGCCACAGAUAAACAGAAAUUUUUUCAGGCUUUCGGUUUAGCAAUGGAAAAAAUGGGCUCAAUUGGUGUAAAAAGAGGAAGAAAACAUGGAGAGAAAAGGAAAGAUUGUAGUCUGCAUAGCUAAUUAAACUCAAUUUAUUAUCUUUGUCCUCUCUGUUUCCCUCAUUAUUGAUUUGUAGCCAUCUGUUUUCAAGUUGGUUUUUGUUCUUAAAUGAGGCCUCUUUUUUUUUCUUUUUUUUUUUCUCACGUCUAGUGAAAAGCAUGAGUUUCAAUAACAUUUUCCAAUCAGUUUAACAACU